AUGUCGACAGAUUACUUUCAGUACGGUGCCCUCGCAUCACCCGCACGAACGCCUGAACACACUCCACCGGAACUUGCAGCAUCCAAGCCCUCCUCACGUGGUCGUACGAAACAUCGUGACUUUUCUACUAAAUCGGCUCCACUGUCUUCGUUUGAUGCAUCCGACAGUAAGGAUGCCAACGCCCAUGCAUUCGACGCCAAUCGUUUCACGCCCACCCUUCACGCCAGCCUAGUCUCCGAAAUUCUCUCAUUACGACGAGAACUCGAUUCGAAACACCAGUUUAUCGACACUCUUGAAGAAAGCCUCAAGAAUACGAAUACUGAAAACGAAUCCCUUUCUGGCCAACUCCGCGAAAGCACAAAAAAGUCCAAGCAAUUGGAACAAAAGUUCAAGCUUCUCGAGAACGGCACCUUUGAUGCUGUUGAGGGCCUACUCGCUGAGCGAGACAAUGUCAAAAUCGCAAAUAAAGAGUUGCGAAGCAAGCUAGACGCAGCGAACAAGAAGACAAAGGCCUUGGAGGAAGAGAGCAUUCGGGCGAAAGAAGCAUGGGAACAGGACAGACGUUCGUGGCAGAUCGAAAAGCGUCAAUUGGAGCAAAAGGUUCACAUAUCAGAGACGCGCUUGCGAGCGGUAGUCGAAGAAGUGCGGACUCAUCAGCUUGCUUCUCAAGCCCAGCAGAAGCCCGAAGAUGCACCCGGCGACAACAGUGAUACUGCCAGUGUCCGCUCUUACCGACGCGCAAGGCAUGCUAGAAACCAGAGCAGCAUGAGCGUUCAGAGCCUCACACCUUCCAUAAGUAGUACUCGGAGGCCAGCUAUGACUUCUCUGGCCAACGAGCUCGGUUCGGAUGACGACGACUAUGAUACUGAAGAUUUUGAAGGAGAUGAUGAAGACCUUCCUUUAUUCGCCGAGAAUCGUUCCAGCAUCAACUCAAGAGCUUCAGCCAUAUCGGAUCGCAAAGCGAAGAAGGUCCUUGGCUUGACGAUCAAGAGCGAUUCCGAUGCCUUGGCUGACAAGGAAGGCGCACGAAAACCAUCGAUGGAAUCUCUAAGAACCCCCUCAUUCGCUGAACGUUUCAAUCUGCAGAGGGCAAAGAUGAGCCUCUCGCGCUCCGCUAGUCCUGCAAGACCAAGAGAUGAAACUAACGGCGAGGCAUCAAAGAUUUUGACAGUCGAUCAUCGUGGGGAAACCGAGUUCGACGUAGUACCCACUAAGCUGAAACAGACAGAACGAGGCCUCCAGCCUAAAUUACCAAAUCUAUUGACAUCAGAUCGCUUAGUCGAAGCUCCCAUAAGUCCUCCAGAUACACCACACUAUCUUGCCAAGGGAGAUGUUCAGAAAGACAUUCCACCAAAGCCGGUCUAUCAAUCUGUCUCGACUCAAACUGAACUCGCUGCCCCAGGUGAUCUGGCAUCCAGACGAAACGUUGCCAUGGCUGCAGUAGAAGUUCUUCCUAUUCCGGCCAUCACCAUUCAGCCUCCAUUGUCACCUAGAACUGGCGAGAGCGUUCUUCCUCCUGGCAUGCGCAGUAGCUAUGCGCAGACCGAAAAGCUACCUGCUACGCCUAUGCUAGACGCCGCUGUACAAACGGAAGAAAUCAGAGUCGAUCGAAGACCAAUCAAGCUUCCACCUCAUCUACUGCCAAGUGCUCUUGAGCAAGGUUAUUCAACCGCAGGCCGCGAGGCUCAGACGACUGCAAAGCAACGUGUGGUCAUGCAUCGAAGCACCUUUAGCAAAGAUGGUAAUCGCUUGCCUCUGAAGCCUAUCAACCUUCCACCGCCUAGACUUCGCUCGGUGACCCUUGAGAGACACCAGCAAACGGAGGUUGAUUCUUCAGACCACACAUCACCGCAAUGGUAUGCGGACACUCCUGUCAACGAUCAGCUAGCCGAAUCUAGUGAUGACAUGAGAGCCAUCUUCGGGAACAUGCCCGGUAUUGUUCGCCCGAGUGUACGAUCACUGUUUAAUAAUCCGCCAAAGACUGUACCGGAGGGUCGGGCGAUUUCUCCUGCGAACUUUGUCACAAGUCCUGAGAGACCGUCUGUCUUCACCCAUGGCAAGAGGAUGGGUUCUGAUGGUAGCUCAAAUCAAAGUCGUCCACCUAGCUCGAGAGGAACAACCUAUUCUGGAAGAGCAGGCACUUUUUUCAGCUCUCAUGAGCGUAAAUCAAGCAGACCUAAUACUGCCAGCAGUUAUGGUGCAACAUCAGCACCACCAUUCCCUAUCCCUGGCCGUAGAAGCUCGAGACCCCCUACCAGCGAAGGACCUCCUAGCCCAACAGCACGUGGCUCUCAGUCAAUGCGAUCACGUCGGUCAAGUAAGGAAUCUCGGAUUGGCCCCGAUGGUGGCCUUAGGAAGGUACAGUCGUCGGGCACCAUGAGAACAAACGCUCGCAUGUCUCCAAGACGCAGGAGGAGAGCACCAGACCUCGAACCCAUCAAGUCAAUGGCAUUUGACACGCCAUCCAAAGACAACCUCCUACUUCCUGGCAUAGUCACUCCAGCGCAUGACAGCUUUGUUGGAGCGCAAAACAUUAUGGACUCUCCAGACUUUGACCAGGAUAGUGCAGUGGAAGAAGAGGAUGAGCAGAGUCAAGAUAACGUUAUUGUUGAUGCCAUAGCAGCCACCAUGGUUGGUGAGUGGAUGUGGAAGUACGUUCGAAGACGCCGCUCCUUUGGCAUUGGCGAGUCUCGGGCAGAUCAUACAGAUGAAGGAGCGACCAGUGGCGUGCGGCAUAAACGAUGGGUGUGGCUUUCACCUUACGAGCAAACAGUCAUGUGGAGUUCUAAGCAGCCAAAUUCAGGUCCAGCCUUGCUUGGAAAAGCUGGGCGCAAACUUGUCAUCAAAUCAGUGCUUGACGUCAAAGACACAACACCGCUUCACAAGAGCGCUUCGCAUGAACCAAUCUUUGACAGGUCAAUUCUCAUUUUGACGUCAGAACGGGCUCUUAAGCUUACUGCUUGCAACAAAGAGAGACAUUAUCUUUGGCUUACAGCUCUAUCUUUUCUCGCACAAUCGGGUCGUGGUCCUCCUCAGGUUCCCCGUAUGUCACCCGGGCCUGAGCCCGCGCUUGGGAAUACGCAUCGACGACGGUCGUCAUUAUUGCCAGGGCCUAUCUUGCCAAUGAAGACAACUAUUGGACCGGCUCCAGCACAAGACCACAUCAAAGGACAUCAGCGUCUGGAUACAGCCGACUCCACUGCGCCGCCCAACAUCUCCAGGAUUGCUGGCGGCCGUCACCAGCGCAAGCGAAGCAACACAAACCCCCAACACUCAGUCGCAACAUCGUCCAACGAUAGUACUAUGACGGCAUCCUCAGCUUUUGCACGUAGAGCGUCAAAUACAGCUACAUACCAAACGUCUGCCGGCGGCCCAGCUCGUCCGAUCCUCAAGCCUAGCGAUCGUGAUGGUUCAGAUCGCUCAAUCGGGACGGUGCGCAUGGAUGCCUUCAUUGGACAGGGCCUUCCUGAGAACCAGACAUCCCAAAGUAGACGCCGGGGCGACAGCAAUACACGGGACGUCUUAACAGGCAAAGGUUACAUGUUCGGCGAGAGCUUGGAGGUCGACCCAUUCGAGGAAUUCUAG